CUAGACUGAGAGACGGUAUUGUACGCAUGAUAUGAAGCAAAAACUCACUGCACAGAAGGAGUUGCCAGACACAUACAUAUUUUAUUGUAUAAAAAAUUUUAAAAACCUGUUAUUUAUAAAGUAAUAAUUUCCUUAGACUGAUUAUUAGAUAAGUUAAAAUUAUUGAUGAGGAGUUUGACAAAUUUAAAUGAUAUGAAGUCCAAAAGAUCAUGUUCAAAUUAUUAAAUGUAUUUUAAGAAAUAUUAUUUGGUCAAGUAUCAUAAUGUCAGUUAUCAGUGAUAAUAACCUGGGAAAUGAUAGCACUGCUGGGAGCAGUGGGGGAGUAGAUGAAUGUGGUAGUAAAAUAAGUAAACAUCAUUCGAAAAAUGUUCUUCAUAGGAUUAGUGGUACACUUGAAGAUAAAAAUAAUGAUUUUCUGUGUCCUAUUUGUUUUGAGGUAAUUGAUGAAGCUCAUAUCACACGCUGUGGUCAUACAUUUUGUUACCGUUGUAUAGUAAAAUCUUUGGAAGCUAAUGGGCGUUGUCCAAGCUGUAGCUACACAUUAACGCAACAAGAUAUUUUCCCAAAUUUUUUGUUACAUGAAUUAAUAUCCAAACAUAAAACUAGAAUUAAAGGUCUCACUGAAUUAUCUACAUUGCCAUAUGAUGGAUUGAGAGAUAUUGUAGCUGCUGAAAGUGCUAAUCUUACUUUGCCAGAUGUGAAUAUAAUGUUAGAAGUAUUAACACAAAGGAAACAUUUACUUGAAGCAGAAACAUGUGCAGCGCAAAAUAAACUAUUGCACGAAUUUUUGAAACAUUUACUACAGCAAAAAGAAGAACAAAAGAAACAGUUACAAAAAGAGAUAACAGUGGUUAAAAGCGAUAUGGAAGAAGUUGAAAAUAUUUUAAGGGAUGUUCAAAGUAAAUGUCCUAAAAUAGAAGAUAUAAAGAAAUCAAGCGAAAAUGAUACUGCACAAGUGUCAGCUAUUAGAAAAGAAAUGAUUGGUCUUAUAGAUACUAUAGAUUCAAAUAUGGUAAAACCAAAUGAAAAAGUAGGUGCUACUGGAAAUGAGACAUUUAUUAAUCCUACAGGAAAUCAAAAACAAAUUGAUUAUACAGUUGGAUCAACUUUGGCUAUACGUAGAAAGAGAAUGCAUGCUCAUUUUGAUGAUUUUGUUCAAUGUUAUUUUGAUUCACGUGCUAAGCAGUUGCAUCUUGGACAUAAACCUCAGAACCAAAAUGAAUCAUGGCAUGGUACAAGUUCAGGACUUGACGUUUUUAGAGAAAAUCUUGUUAAAUUUUCAAGAUAUAAUUCAUUACGUCCAUUGGCAACUUUAAAUUAUUCAUCAGAUAUUUUUAAUAAUUCAACAAUUGUUUCAAGCAUAGAAUUUGACAAAGAUAACGAAUUUUUUGCGAUAGCCGGAGUAACAAGACGGAUAAAAGUAUUUGACUAUAGUGCUGUAAUAAGGGAUACAGUAGAUAUUCAUUACCCUUGUGUAGAAAUGGUUUCUAGUUCCAAAAUAUCAUGUGUUUCAUGGAAUUCCUUUCAUAAAGGAAUGCUAGCAUCAUCUGAUUAUGAGGGAACUGUAACAGUAUGGGAUGCUGCUACUGGUCAAAGAACCAAAGCUUUUCAAGAACAUGAGAAAAGAUGUUGGUCUGUUGAUUUUAACGAUGUAGAUACUAGGCUCAUAGCAUCAGGAUCAGAUGAUACUAGAGUUAAGCUAUGGUCUUUGAAUAAUGAUCAUUCCGUUGCUUCUUUAGAAACAAAAGCUAAUGUAUGUUGUGUAAAAUUUAAUCCACGUAGUUCUUGUCACUUAGCAUUUGGAUCUGCAGAUCAUUGUGUCCAUUACUAUGAUUUGCGUAAUAUGAAGGAAGCACUAUGUAUUUUUAAAGGUCAUCGCAAGGCUGUCUCAUAUGUUAAAUUCAUUAAUAAAGAAGAAAUAGUGUCUGCAAGCACUGAUUCACAAUUAAAAAUGUGGAACAUUAACAAUCCACAUUGUUUGCGUUCAUUUGUUGGGCAUGUUAAUGAAAAAAAUUUUGUUGGUCUUGCUACUGAUGGUGAUUAUGUAGUAUGUGGAUCAGAAAAUAAUGCACUAUAUAUAUAUUACAAAGGACUUACAAAGCAAUUAUUCUCUUAUAAAUUUGAUGCUGUUCGAAGUAUAUUAGAAACACAAGAACGAAGAGAAGAGGAUCUGAAUGAAUUUGUGUCUGCAGUUUGUUGGAAACAAAUGUCCAAUGUUGUGGUAGCUGCAAAUUCUCAAGGAAUUAUUAAAAUAUUAGAACUUGUUUGAAGAUAAUUAAAAAUGUAAUGUAACAUUUAGUAAAUUUGAUAUAUGUAUUUUGAAAUUAAUUCAAUUUAAUGCUCAGAUACAAGUAACAACGAGAAGUAAAAAUUCAUUCUAAAUGUUGUAGUGAUUUGUUGUAGGUUAAAUUAAGGAACUGUAUAAUACAUUGAAAUUUAAAUUGUUAGAGACUGACUUGUUUGAGAAAGUAAUACUCUGGGUGUUAACCAGCACAAAUAUUUUUUAUAAUUAUACUUUUGUUAGAUCCAUGGGUACUGUUACUUACAUUACUUUUAGUUAAGUACUUCACAAUUAAGGUAUAAUUUGAUGAUAGCAAUAAAUAAUUUAUAUAAUUGUAUUAGUAUCACGUAUCUGCAUCUGGAAAGAGUCUAAGAUAAAACGCGGCCUUUAACUCUGUAUUAAUUUAGUUAAGUUUAAUGUAUUAUAAAAUUGAUACAUUUACACAGUGACUACCAGUGAUUAGCACAAUUCAUGUAUGAUACAAUAUUCUUGUUAGAUAAAUUUCAUCUUAGUUUUA